UUUCGGUCCUCUUCCCCCUCCUUUACUCUUCCUCCCCAGUCCCUCCCCGCCCCUCCCCUUUCCCUCCUCCUGCUCUAGCCUUAGAGGCCGCGCGAGUGGAGGAGACUAUGGAGUGAGGUGGCGGCCGCGGCCGGGAGCCGAGGCCGAUCGGAAGCAGCCGCGAGGUGUUUGGGGGGCGGGGGAAACGCCCCUGCACCGCCCCUCCCAGGAAGCGAGGGGAAGAGGUAAUUGUACUACCCAAUAUUGCAGCCAUGGAGUCCAUGCUUAAUAAGUUGAAGAGCACUGUUACAAAAGUAACAGCUGAUGUCACCAGUGCUGUAAUGGGGAAUCCUGUCACUAGAGAAUUUGAUGUUGGUCGACAUAUAGCCAGUGGUGGCAAUGGGCUAGCUUGGAAGAUUUUUAAUGGCACAAAAAAGUCAACAAAGCAGGAAGUGGCUGUUUUUGUCUUUGAUAAAAAACUGAUCGAUAAAUAUCAAAAAUUUGAAAAGGAUCAAAUCAUUGAUUCUCUAAAACGAGGAGUCCAACAGUUAACUCGACUACGACACCCUAGACUUCUUACUGUUCAGCAUCCUUUGGAAGAAUCCAGGGAUUGCUUGGCUUUUUGUACAGAACCAGUUUUUGCCAGUUUAGCCAACGUUCUUGGUAACUGUGAAAAUCUACCCUCAUCUGUAUCUCCAGAUAUUAAGGAUUAUAAACUUUAUGAUGUAGAAACCAAAUAUGGUUUGCUUCAGGUUUCUGAAGGAUUGUCAUUUUUGCAUAGCAGUGUGAAAAUGGUUCAUGGAAAUAUUACACCUGAAAAUAUAAUUUUGAAUAAAAGUGGAGCCUGGAAAAUAAUGGGCUUUGAUUUUUGUGUAUCAUCAACCAACCCUUCUGAACAAGAGCUUAAAUUUCCUUGUAAAGAAUGGGACCCAAAUUUACCAUCAUUGUGUCUUCCAAAUCCUGAAUAUUUGGCUCCGGAAUACAUACUCUCUGUGAGCUGUGAAACAGCCAGUGAUAUGUACUCUUUAGGAACUGUUGUGUAUGCGGUGUUUAAUAAAGGGAAACCUAUAUUUGAAGUCAACAAGCAAGAUAUUUACAAGAGUUUUAGUAGGCAGUUGGAUCAGUUGAGUCGUUUAGGAUCUAAUUCACUUACAAAUAUACCCGAGGAAGUCCGUGAACAUGUAAAACUGCUGUUAAAUGUAACUCCAACUGUAAGGCCAGAUGCAGAUCAAAUGACAAAGAUUCCUUUCUUUGAUGAUGUUGGUGCAGUAACACUGCAGUAUUUUGAUACCUUGUUCCAAAGAGAUAAUCUUCAGAAAUCACAGUUUUUCAAAGGACUGCCAAAGGUUUUACCAAAACUGCCCAAGCGUGUCAUUGUGCAGAGAAUUUUGCCUUGUUUGACUUCAGAAUUUGUAAACCCUGACAUGGUACCUUUCGUCUUGCCCAAUGUUCUGCUGAUUGCCGAAGAAUGCACCAAAGAAGAAUAUGUCAAAUUAAUUCUACCUGAACUUGGCCCUGUCUUUAAACAACAGGAACCAAUCCAGGCUAGCAACAUGAUUUUGUUAAUUUUUUUGCAAAAAAUGGAUUUGCUACUAACCAAAACUCCACCUGAUGAAAUAAAAAAUAGUGUCCUGCCAAUGGUUUACAGAGCACUAGAAGCUCCUUCUAUUCAGAUUCAGGAACUCUGUUUAAACAUCAUUCCAACCUUUGCAAAUCUUAUAGACUAUCCAUCCAUGAAAAAUGCUUUGAUACCAAGAAUUAAAAAUGCAUGUCUACAAACAUCUUCCCUUGCUGUUCGUGUAAAUUCAUUAGUGUGCUUAGGAAAGAUUUUGGAGUACUUGGAUAAAUGGUUUGUGCUUGAUGAUAUCUUACCCUUCCUACAACAGAUACCAUCCAAGGAACCUGCGGUCCUUAUGGGAAUCUUAGGUAUUUACAAAUGUACUUUUACUCAUAAGAAACUAGGAAUCACCAAAGAGCAGCUGGCUGGAAAAGUACUGCCUCAUUUGAUUCCCCUGAGUAUUGAAAACAAUCUUAAUCUCAAUCAGUUCAAUUCUUUCAUCUCCGUCAUAAAAGAGAUGCUUAGUAGAUUGGAGUCUGAGCAUAAGACCAAACUGGAGCAGCUUCAUAUAAUGCAAGAACAACAGAAGUCUUUGGACAUAGGAAAUCAAGUGAAUGCUUCUGAAGAGACAAAAGUGACAAAUAUGGGGUCUCAGCAGAUUGACAAAGUCUUUAACAGCCUUGGAGCAGAUUUUCUGACUGGUGGUGAAUCAGAAAGUAAAGAUGAUGGAUCACAUAAACAUAAAAGAGUACCACUGACACUUGAAGAAAAACAGAAAUUAGCAAAAGAACAGGAGCAGGCACAGAAGUUGAAAAGCCAGCAGCCCCUUAAGCCCCAAGUACAUACACCUGUUGCUCCAGUUAAACAGACUAAGGACUUGACAGACACAUUGAUGGAUAAUAACAUGUCAUCUUUGACCAGCCUUUCUGUUUCUACCCCUAAAAUGUCUGCUUCAAGUAACUUCACAUCUGUUCCUUCCAUGGGCCUUGGCAUGAUGUUUUCUACACCAAUUGAUAAUACAAAAAGAAAUUUGACAAAUGGCCUGAAUGCUAACGUGGGCUUUCAGACUUCAGGGUUCAACAUGCCAGUUAAUACAAACCAGAACUUCUUCAGUAGUCCAAGCACAUCAGGAUUGGCCAAGAUGCCCCUGGGAACACCUUCUACUUUGCCAAACUUCAAUGCAAUGAGUGUUCCUGGUUCAAAUGUUGCUGGUGCAAAGCAGGUUCAACAAAGACCUACUGAUAUGUCUGCCCUUAAUGAUCUCUUUGGCCCGCAGAAACCCAAAGUCAGCAUGAAUCAGUUAUCACAACAGAAACCCAAUCAGUGGCUUAAUCAGUUUGUACCUCCUCAAGGGUCUCCAGGCACAGGCAGCACAGUAAUGGGAGCACAGAUGAACAUGCUAGGACAACCGGCCUUUGGUGUGCAGGCCAAUCCAUUCUUUAAUCCGCAGAACUUUGCACAGCCACCAACCACCAUGACCAGUAACAGUGCAGCUAGUAAUGAUUUAAAAGAUCUUUUUGGGUGAGGUGUCUUGCUCCUGUUUUCAAAGGAUUCUCAGUUUUAAUCAUGAGUGAGGUGAUUUACAUGUUUAUCUUGUUGGCUUGAUGGAACUACUACUUGGGAAAGUGAGUGGUUCUUUGACAGAAAACACCUGUUCCCAUGCCAGCACUGUAGUUGUAUGGACUCCUAGCAGUUGAGUUUUUUUUUUUAAAGCAUUGAGGAUUUUUUUCCUCCUGUCAUCUUGUCUUCAGGUUUUUAAAAAAAGACCCAGUCCUUAACAGUCAAAGAGGAAAAAAGGCACCUAGUAUCUUGAAUAGCAGACUUUUUAAAAAUUAGGUGUUUAUUUUGACUUGUACAUCUUGGUGUUAUUUAAAAAAUUGAGUCCAUGAUAAUUGCAAGUUGCAUCUAUCAAAGUCUACAUGGUACAGAGUCUGCCUACGCAAGUCAUCAGUCUUCAUUUUUAAUGUGAAAAAUAUUGAUGCUGUAUUGAUUUGUUUGUAUUUAGUAUGACUGAGGGAGGAAAUGAUAAGCAUAAUGAAAAGGACCAGGUCAUUUGCUUUUUCCAAUCUUAUUUUCUUCUCAGAUGAACUUAUGUUUAGUACAAAGGACAACCAAUACUGCAAAAUUUAACUUAACCUGGAUUUCAUUAGUUCCAGCUAACGGGCGUUAUUAACCAUCUUAAAAUGCAAACUGAUCAUUGUAAAUUAUAUUUUAGCAUGGUCUGCCUCCAAAUAGUAACGUAUUUUUCUGUAUUUACUUGGAUAUAUUCAGAAUCACUUUUUCCUACUGUGUCACAGACAGAAGAGGUGUGUACUGAUUUGUACAGAUAUUUGACAGAGCCCCUGUGUGAUUUCCCUGGCCAAUGCCUUCAUCUUUCAGUUUGACUUUAAUUUCUGAGGUUGCAGCAUACAUGAAUUGCGUUUUCAAAGGGGGAUUUGUAUAAUUACACUAUAUUUAAUGAGUAAACUUUUGAAAUUUCUGCUGUAUUGUUUAAAAUGUAAUAAACUUUACUUCUCUAAAAACGAGCAGUUGUAUCUUCUGGCUACCAACUGAUUAAUUUUCAGCUUGUCAUGACCUCAUCAGUUACCACCACUGAAGCUUAAUUUUUGAAGAAUUCCAGAAACAUUUCCUUCAAAUAUUUUAAUGUCUAUAAUUAGCCAUUUUUAGAAAGGAAUAAUAAAUUCUAAGAUGAAACACUUUACUUUUCAAAGCCCUUCUCUCACAUUUUUUAAUUUGCUGAUUAAUCAACCACAGAGCCUUAUGCUAUAAAUGUCAUUUGUAUUUUGUUAAAUUAUAUGCCAUCAUUUUGUGAUAACUUUAAAACCAUCUUUCAGAGUGUGUAUGUAUUAUCAUUGCUGCCUUAGAUAGCUUGUGGUUUUUAAUUAUCUGAAACCAGCAGUCAUUUAAAAUAAAUCAUAUAAGGUUUAGUGUGCUGGUAUUAAGUUAAUUCAUUGAAAAAUAUAUAUACACACAGUGUAUAUGUUGAGUAUACAGUACUUGAUUAUAAGAUGUAAUUUGGCAAUAUUACUGGUGGUAUUAAGAGGGUAUUUUAAAAAAUAAAAAUUCAGCUUUACCUCUGCUUUCUGUAUGAGCUGUUACUUAUUACAUGGUUUUAGAGAAAGGACUCAGAGAACCUGAAGAAGCUUAUCUAAGGGAUGAAAGCACUAGGAAGAUCAAAAUGUUUUAUCAAAUACAUUCACAUCUUGACCAAAUUAUUUGUCUUGUCUGUAACACAACAUUAAUAUUAUGCUUGAGAAAGUUUACAUAUGUAAUAAAAAUUUUUA